AUGAGCGGCAGCAGCACAGCAUCAUCCACCGGAUUUGCCGACUUGUCGUCGAGCUCUGCAACAGCUAGCGGAGGCAUGAAAAAGCGUGACUUGGAGGAACGCGCAGUCUCAAGCAAGAAGACAUCGAGCGCAAAGAAGACGAGCACGAAAAAGACGACAAGUACUAAGAAAGCAACUUCAACCAAGAAAGCUAGCACUACCAAGAAGAUGCAGAUUGUGAAGAAAGCAACGAGUAGCCCAAAGUCGUCAAGCACCAAGAAACUCAGCUCGUCGAGCAAAAAGCCUACAACCACACCCAAGGCCAGCACCAGUCUGAAGAAGACAACAAGCACAAAGAAAUCAAGCUCGACCACUCCCAUCAAGAUUGUGGUCAGCAGCAAGAAAGCCACGACAUCCUCAAAGCCUGUCUCUACAUCAAAGAAGAUCAGCAGCACGACAUCGAAGAAAGUUAUCUCGAGCACAAGCUCUGUCAAGACAUCGAGUGUUCCCAUCAACAAAGGCCAACCUUCACAGUUCAACGGACUCAACAAUGCACAGCAAUCAAGCAUCUGUAGCUGCUUGCACGUACCUACGCCCACCUUCACCAGGAAUGUCUAUGUGGACACAUUUACCACCGUGACAUCGACAACGACCGCUGUAACAACUCUUAUCAGCUCCAAGACGACAACAGCAUACCACACUGCAACCGCAAGCCCCGAUCUCUUCUACAUGCGCGCAUCAAGCAAAAGCAAAACGUCAAUCGACGGCCUCUACGCAGUCCUCAGUGAUGGGGCAGAACUUCUCGGCUUCACAGCUGACAAGUCAAGCGGCAGCAAGUUCUUCUUCGCCUCUCCCAACCUGCUCGUGGAAUCGGCAUCGAACUGGCUGGCGAAUAUCGAGGAGGGCAAUUUCGUGUCGUCGUUCUGGAUGAACUCGGUGGACCGUAUGCAUACGGUCAACGCGGUACCGUUGGAUUGUAGAAACAAUGGUGGAGAGCUGUCGUGUACGAGUGGUGAGUUGGAGCAGCUGUACUGGUGCUCGGUUUGGGGAACGACAUCGUUGGUACUUGGACCGUCGACUUAUGAUAAUGGGUUGUGUAAGCCUGUGUCGCUCGAUAUCGUAAAGGCUUAG